AUGGAAAAGAAAAGAAAAAAACCCGACCCUGUAAAUCUUUCGGCGACACAUGAUCUGACAUCUAUGGACAGCAGCACUUCCGAGCACAAGCGACGCAGCAAGAGGUUUAAGUCGAGUUCUUUUAUUAAUAUAUGUGUCAUUUGUGGUUCAGAUUGUAAAACCGUGAAGCAAAAGAAAAUACAUAAAUUAUUGAGAGUUUGUGAAAAGCUGAUGGCUCAAAAAUUACUAAACACUGCCAUAUUUUUUAAAGAUUGUGUUUAUACAGCCACAGCGGCAAUGUAUGAACCCGAAGAUGUUUUUGCGGCUGAUCUCUACUAUCACAGCUACUGUUAUAAAGAUUAUUUCAACAAAUAUAACGCUGAUAUAGAAGAAAUAUUAAAAAGCCUUGAAGAAGAAGAUUCCAUAACCGCAGGAGACGAGUCAUUCAAGGAACAGUUUUUAGCGCUGGGACUUGAUUUUACCACCACUGCAUGCAGCCUAACUUCUAUCAGAGAGCGACUAAAUGAACAUUUAUCAGUACCAGUUUCGAACAGAGCUGUAAAACAUUUAAUUAUUGAAUUGUAUGGAGAUGCUGUCUGUUUUACUUAUCCUAGCAAUAAGAGAAUCUCUCAAAUGGGAUUUUCUGUGAAGAGUAAUCCUGAGUCCUUGUUGGAGUCUAUGCGGCAAGUUUCACCUGUCCAACAGGUUGCAACCGAACUUGCACAAGAGCUAAAGGAUUACAAAUUUGGACUGGAACGGAGCUUUUGUGAACCCUGA